AUGCUUGUGAAAAGAAGAGAUAAGAUAGAAUUAGAACUUCCAAACUUAGAAAAUUCUAAUAAACUUGAAGGUAAUGCACUGGCUGUUUCUAAUUUUAAAAAAAGAGAACUUGAAAAAUUGCAGGAAGAUCUUGAAGCUUAUUCCAAGAAACAAAGGACAAGCAUGCUAGAUAUCACUAAUGGUUUUGAUGUUACAUAUGAAAUGACAGAUGCAAAUAAACUAUUCAAAAAACUUUUAGAAAAUGGGAAUGUGAAAUUAUUGGAAGAGAUUCGAGUUUUUGAGAUCAAAGAAUCAACUACAGCUGUUGGUAACCAGCAAGGCAUUGAAUUUGAACUUGAAGAUCAUUCUCUACCAGCUCCACGAGAGGAUCUUCAAUGUUUCAUUAAGGUUCAAAUAGAAGUGAAAAAGAAAAUUAGCACAAAGCCUCAAGGAAAUUCCAGAGGAUGUGGUCAACUUUGUCAAUAUGCACCUUUUUCCUCAACAAAAUUGUCAUGUUUUGUUAACCUUGCUUCAGUACCAACAGAUGCAGUAUAUUUACAAGAGAUAGUUCCUUCCAAAAUGCCAGAUAUUUUCAAAGACAUGGUUAAUUAUAUAGAUCUGCUUUGUUUUUCUCAUAAUAUAUCAAUAGAACAAUGUCAUAUAUCUUUCUGUGGGAUUGAUCAAAGUGAAUUAAAUUUAAAGAACAUCAAUUUUAUUCAACAAACUAAAAAAACUUUAAUUCUUGUUGCAACAAUUGAUCACACAAUUGAUCACACAAUUGCUAAUGGAAAAGAAGUGAUUGUUAAAAUUGGAAAAGUCCAUUUGAUUGAAAAUGAAUAUUUGAUACAUAAACAAGUUGAUGAUCUGGACUGUGUAAGACAUGCUAUAGGCAAAAUCACAAUUGAUUGUGGAUCUGUAGAAAUAUGUAAAAAAUCACCACGUCAAAAAUAUUUAUAA